AGAAGCAACUAUGAAAUUCUUCAUCGUCCUAGCCUUGGUGUCAGCAGCAUCAGCUGCUCGCCUAGACAACUCCAUCUACCUACCUCCCAACGCCAGAUCCUCAAGUGGAGCCAGCGCUGGUCUUCAAGCCCCGUUCGGAGGACCUGACCAUGCAGCCAUUGGUCAAGGAAGACAGGGUCCUGGAAGUCAGGCUGAGAUCUUGAACUAUGAGAAUGAGAUCAAUGAGGAAGGGUAUAGGUAUGCUUAUGAAACCAGUGACGGAACUAAGGCUGAGCAGCAAGGCCGCGUAAUCCCAGGUGCUCAACCCGAAGAAGGUUCAUUAGCCGUCUCAGGAUCCUACUCGUACAUCGGUGAUGAUGGUCAGACGUACACCGUGACGUACACAGCUGAUGAGAACGGUUUCCAUGCUGAAGGAGCUCAUCUGCCGACACCGCCGCCCGUGCCUGAGGAGAUCUUGAAGAGUUUGCAGCUUACGGAUAGGUCUCAAGGUCAAUACGACAGCAAUAAAAGCAGCUACGACGCCGACGCGGGAUACUAAAACUAAAAUCUACAAACUUACUAACAAACUAAAACUAAAAUUUAUAGUUACUACGACUUAGUCGUUGACUGUACACGCCAUAGUACAGUCGAGCACAAAAUUCUAUGAAAUAAGUGUAACUUAGUCUGAGUGAUCAAUUGGACGAAGUGGCCAGUACCUGUUCUG